GUUUCAUAAUAUUGAGCCGCGUAAUGACUUGGAUGAAUUGGGCGGUUGUGUGUGAAAUAUUAAAAAGAAAAGGUUUUUAAAACUGACAUGAGGUUCUAAAACAACAGAAACCUAUCAAAUAGAGUCCUAAAUUUUUGGCCAAAGCGUCGUGGCUUGUAAUGAAGGACUCUUUUUCUUGUUUAAGCGUUGUGACAAUGCUGUAAAUUUAGGGAAGCGCACCCAUUUCGGAUUCCAGUCACUGAUGGCUACAACUGUCAACAAGAACUCUUCUGUAAUUCAGGGCAGAAUAACUAGACAUACAAAAGCAUCAUCCCUUGAAGACAUUCAACAAAUUAACACAAGCAAUACGGCCAACCUGGAUAUGCACUUGAGAUCUCGCGUGGGAAACCGCAUGUGAAUAAUACAUACUUACCACACAAAUUCCAUGGCAAUGGCAGCCCAAGUGUCAUGGAUCACGAGGAUAAAUUAGAUAUUAAUUGGGAGAGUAAUGGACAGCUUACUCCUGCAUGUAAAGCUAAUGACAGUAGUGAGAAACAUAAAAAGAUUGUAAGUCGACUCAACCCUACAGCGGGCUUUGUCAACAAGGAUUUUGUUUCAUCAGAUCUCAUGACACGUAGCAGAGUUAGACGUGAAGCCAGUUUGAAUGCAGCAGCAAAAGUGAAUGUGUAUUAUGAACCUUCAAGUUCCCUAGCUGGCCGUUCCAUUGGCGAUAGAACGUCAAACUCAAAGAAACCACAAAAUGUGAACAGUUUGCCUGAUUGUGGCAAUGAGGUCAAUGCACCUAAGGAGAGAUGCAGACCAAGACUUGCAAAUAUUUCAACUAAUAAUGAGAACAACUUUGUUCGAACUACAGAACUCCCUGGCCCCGCAAAUUCAAGUAAUGCCAAUUGUGUACAGGAUUUUGAAAAUUCGACCACUCAGAAUCAUCUGGACAUCGGAGGGAAACGAACAUCGGAUUCUGAUGAAGAGUUGCAGCAAGCAAAGAGGUUGAAAGUUGAUAAAGAUUCCACAAUGAAUGUAGAUGAAACAACGUACAUUUCUGAUAAACGUAUUCACAAAGGCAAAGAAGUUGUCGAUGUUGGCCUACAGGUCAAGCUACCCCGACCAAGAUCAUCCAUCCAGUGUACAUGCAGGUCAUCAACAUUAAAGGAAGUGCCUAUCAAAAGUUACGUGAGUACAAUUGCCAAUGGUACUCUUGUGUCCAUACCUCUCACUAAAAAACAUUGUCUAACACCUCAUGCCCCAUCGAAACCCCCGCCAGAGGCAGCACAAGGGCACAUGGUCAACCUCAGCCCUAAGGUUGCUGUUUUAAACUCUCGUGCUAUGCUUAGUGCUAUCCUUAGCAAGGAAAGAUCAGCCAAUCAGGCUUCGAAAUCCUCCAAGCAACAAAUGGCACAGCUAAUUCAGAAAAAGGGUCCUUACGAACACGGCCUUGGGAAUACGGUUCCGGGAAAACUCAAAAUUCCCAAAAUAAAUUUUGCAGCAACAUCAACAUCAAAUUUUGGUGGCCGCAAGAUGGUCACCAAUCCAAAGACAUCCAAUAGCUCAUGGUCAAAGUCAAGACUUGUCAGCCAUGAUGGACCUAAGAGGACAAAUGGUUGGUGUUAUCUUGGCUCUCCAAUUGUUAAACCUUAUUUUUAUAACGAGACCAAAGUCAUGCGAAAGUAUUACAUUGGCAUAAAAAGGAACGACGAGGUUAUUUAUGUUCGCGAUUCUGUGUUGUUGAAGUCUGGACCGCGACGUAGAGAUCUUCCGUUUGUCGCUCGAGUUUCUGGUUUUUGGGAGGAGGAAAUUGGUCCCCACUCCGGCGAGAUGAUGAUGAGCGUUUUAUGGUAUUAUCGUCCCGAACAAACUGAAAUGGGGAAACAAGACAACAUUCAUGGCGAGAAUGAAAUUUUCGCAUCGCGACACAAAGAUGACAACAGCGUGGCGUGUAUAAUUGACAAAUGUUAUGUUAUCAGUUACCCUCAAUAUUGCAGGUAUAGAGCCGCUAUCAAACGCUCACUGUAUUCUCGUAUGUCCCCUGCUACCCUCGUCCCACCUGCGGAGUCCACGCGGACCACAAGAGAAAAAAUACCAUCAACUUGUGACCCCAAACUCGUGUUCUUUUGCCGUCAAAUUUACGAUUAUCGUAUGGGUAGAAUAUUGAAGAAUCCAUUUUAUGUUUAAAAUGUAUAUUGUUAUAAUAUAGACUUUGGACUAUCUACUAUUUUAAAUGAAAUAAUGCUAUUUAUCUCUUGCUUGAAAUAAUUUAUAACAAUAAAGGCAAGGAUCGUUUUCGUCGAUAUUCGACGAAUUGCAACUGAUAUCUCUCGUUUCCAGUCCCCCCGGUAACGCUUGUGCCAACUACAGGAAAUCUGUACAGGAAAAUAGACAGGAUUAUACAAUUUAUAAUGGAUUGAAGUAUUUUUAACUGCGGUGCGGUAGUCUAAUAUGCGUCUGUUUUUCGUAUGUAUACUGGUAAAUUAUGACUUUAUUUUGGCAUUGUAUGUAAUAUUUAACAAAUUAUUUACACAAUUUUAAAACA